CUUUGAAGGGUUUGCCCAGUUUGCCUUUGAUCGACGUGAACAGCUGUGAACUAACGCGGAUUAGUUGUCAUGCUGUGGUCUUGAUGGACAGCAAACUCCUCCUCAAGGUCUCGUUGUCCGCAAUACUUUGACCGUGACUUAGGACGGGAAAAGACAAACUUUAGCCUCGAAAGUGCGACUGGCGAGACUUCCGCCUUGAGGACAGCGAUCAUGCCUCCCGCUUGCGACGUGGUCCUUUCGGAGCUGCUCUGUCAAAGACUGCUAAAGCACCCGCUCAGCUCAAGUCCGACGCUUGGCUACGUAUUCGGCCACAUCUCCAAAAGAGGCAUCCAGUGCAUAGGCUGUGCUGUGCAGAACGAUGGAGUUGUGCGUUCAUUCGGGUACUCUGUGGUUGGUGUGUUCUGUCUCUCAAACAGCCUCUCUGACAACGAGGUUUACGAACUCUGCCACCCACUCGUGCUCAAGUACCAGCAGGAAGGUGCCAUGGGCAACCUUGAAGUGGCAGUGAUUCUACACACAGACACGAGCAACACGGCCAUUUCAACGCAGCUUGUUUCCCUCGAGGCAGACUGCCCUCUGGAACCCAAAUCGGUCACUGUGGCGCCGGAUGUGCACAUUGGCACGUGCACGGUUCGAGCUCGUGCCUCUCUGAUGAUGCCCUUUGAGAUGGACCCCAACCCUAAGUUCCUGCAACAGAAUUUGGAAGUGGCUGCAUCACGGAUCAAACGCCGCCUUGUGGCUGAUGUGCUGUCAUUCCAGUUGGACGGCAGUGGCGUACUCAUGCGACGCAACUCUCCUGAAAAGGCGCUUUCUGACUUGGUUGACCAGUCAGGUGACGGGACCAAGCAGCGGCGCCUCAAGAACAGUCAGAGGAUUUUCAGCUUUGCUGUUCUGGUGCAAUGUACAGGGGAGGCUGCGGUGGAUGCUUGCGGAAAAUCGUGCACGCCUGUCAUCCAUUACCAGAGAAGAACAUUUAAGAGUGGCUCUGUGGUGCUGCCUUUGGAUGUGGUGGCCACAGUGGGAGUAGAAGAUCCUGUCCCCGACAUUGUUGACCUGCUGGCCCAAGAGUUGGCCAACCAGGUGGAUCAAUUGGUGUCCUGCAUUGCACAUUUUUUCAAGGGUGAUAGCAUCUGUAGUGCACAGCCAUUCCACUACUGGCCUGCCGAAUGUGGUCACUGGGUCACCGUAGUCUACCCCGACGGCGUAUCCCAAGAGAAGUUGUUGUCCCGCCGUCGCGAGCUGCACAGGCUGCUCCUUCUGCCUGAGGACUGGCCGCACUUUCGCAAGUCCAAUGCCUACGCAUUCCCUGAUGACCUGGCAUCGGAACCCUACCUCCGCAAUGUCCAUGUUGGCCUCAGUCCCCCAGCAGGAUGUGAGGUGCGGCUGGUGUUUGGCCAGUACAGGUAUCGACAUUACCAGCAGGACCGGAUGGACGACAAUGGGUGGGGCUGUGCAUACCGCUCGCUGCAGACCAUCAUCUCGUGGUUCCAGCUUCAAGGUUACACCGACUGUGCCACUCCAACUCACCGCGAAAUACAACAGAUAUUGGUGGACAUUGGAGACAAGCCUUCUUCAUUUGUCGGCUCGAAACAAUGGAUCGGCUCCCAAGAAGUAGGCUUCUGUCUCAACAGGCUGCUCGAUGUGGAGUGUCGAACGAUGUUUGUGAGCUCUGGUGCCGAGUUGCCAACCAAGAGUCGUGAACUUAUGGCACAUUUUGAAAAGCACGGCACUCCAGUCAUGAUUGGAGGUGGAAUGCUGGCGCACACCAUCAUUGGAAUCGCUUUUGACAGCAAAACGGGUGAAUCGCACUACCUUGUGCUCGAUCCACACUAUACAGGCGGCGAGGAUCUGUCCACGGUGCAAAAUAAGGGCUGGUGUGGCUGGAAAGGAGCGAACUUCUGGGACCAGAACUCCUUUUACAACCUCUGCCUGCCACAGCGGCCUGUUGUCAUCUGAGCUUAUAUCUCGGAAA